ACCCAUUUAUGGCUGUGGUUGAGGAGCUGUGGAUUGUAUAAAUACAUUUAACCUGGACCUUCGUUGAACAACCAUUCCAUUGGCUCUCCCCUUAUAAGCUGCCCUCUGCCCUUCCAACCACGCCAGCUCAUCAGCCAUGUCCAGACCCUCAACAAGACCCAAUAGUGCCUACCCUUCACGUAGCGGCACUCCAUCCUUAAGAGACGUCGUCCAUGGCGUCAUGAAAAUCUUCCAUCACGAGAAAGAAUCAGAGGCUCAUCAGAUAUUCCGUCAACAAGUCGGUCAUCAGCCCAAGGGUUGUCUUCCUGAGACCAUCAAUCCUGAUGAAGAAACAGUCCCUGGUAUCGAACACCCUGGCAGUACUGGCGUUAUUUACUGUUCAGAUCGCGCCAUAGCGAAUGGUUUCAACUAUGCUAAUUCACACGAAUGGGCAAACUUGGGCCAGGGUGCUCCAGAGGUAGGCCCUAUCCCGAAUGCCCCGCCCCGCCCAGAGAGCAUUCCCAUGCCUGUUGAUUCUUUGGAGUAUGCCCCAACAACCGGUGUUAAAGCUCUUCGUGAAGCAGUAGCGAACCUCUACAACGACAAUUACCGCAAAGGCAAAGCAAGUCAGUAUACAUACGAAAAUGUCUGCAUCGUGCCCGGUGGACGUGCGGGGCUCUCCCGUGUCGCGGCUGUCAUCGGGGACGUUUAUUGCUCAUACCAGGUUCCAGACUAUACCGCCUACGAUCAAGUUCUAAGUGCAUUCAAGCGACUCGUUCCUGUUCCUACUGCAUUGGAUCCCAAGAAUAAAUACCGCCUUGAUAUCGAACAAACCAAGAAAGAUAUCCGCACUCAAGGCCUCGCCGUCGUCAUUGCUUCGAACCCGAGGAAUCCCACAGGACAAGUUAUCGCUGGCAAAGAGCUGAAAGAACUCGUUUCGCUCAGCCGUGAGAAUACGACGAUCAUUCUUGAUGAGUUCUACUCGUGGUACAUCUACCCCGACAGCGAGAAAGACAUCGGAAAGAGUAUUUCCUCUGCCGAAUAUGUCGAGGAUGUAAAUAGUGAUUCUGUAGUUAUCAUUGACGGGUUGACCAAGAACUGGCGCCUCCCGGGCUGGCGCAUCUGCUGGGUCAUGGGACCUAAGAACCUCAUCACCGCACUCUCGCAAUCGGGUUCUUUCCUUGAUGGGGGUGCAAAUCAUCCCAUGCAGCUUGCAGCUAUUCCGCUCCUUGAGCCGGGGCGUGUUAAGAUAGAGAAGAUGGCCCUUCAAAGACACUUUAAAACCAAGCGGGACCACGUGCUGAAGCGCUUGCAUGCGCUCCAUCUCGACGUGGACGUUCCUCCGCAAGCAACGUUUUACAUCUGGUUGAACUUGGAGAAGUUGCCUUCUCCGCUAAACAAUGGUUUGACAUUCUUUGAAGAGCUCCUGAAAGAGCAAACGAUUGUGAUCCCGGGCAUCUUCUUCGAUAUCAACCCGGCGCACCGCAGGAAUCUGUUCAACAGCCCGUGUCAUCACUAUGUGCGAUUGUCGUUUGGACCUCCUAUUGAGGAUUUAGAUAAGGGUAUCGACGCCAUCGGUCGGGUGAUUGCUGCUGCGAGACAGGGGGGCACGAGGAAGAUGGGACACAGUUAUAAGAAGAGCUUAGAGAGCAACUCUGGGGUCAACAUCUGAACGCGAUAGAUUGUUCCCUCUCUCCCCUUGGUGGUCGUACGUCGCUGGUUUUGAGAUGACUGAGAAUCGCAUGGCAAAAAGAAUGGACAGUAUAUUUAAUUAUGAAACACGUCGAUUUGUUUGCAUCAUCGUCAGUAGGCUAGCUCAGUAUGUAGAAUCAUCCACCAAUCAUUCACUGUUUAGACUUGUACAGAUGUGUAGGGACAGGUCAGAAAAUGAUAUGUAUUAUAUAUGGGCUUAGAAA